CAAGGGUUGAUUGAGCUAUAUCACAAAUCACAAUCCACACACAGCUUCCUUUGGAUAAAGCAUAAUUGUUCGCAAUCCUCUUGACCAUGAUGAAGGGCAGACUCCUUCUGCUACCGCUGGCCCUGUUGCUUCAGCGAUGCUUGGCAUCAUCAUCAUCCCAGCAGCAACCCAACUUUGUAAUUUUGCUCAUGGAUGAUCUCGAUUGGACGCUGGGAGGAACCACGGCAUCGACGUUGCAUCGAACGAGAAAGCUGAUUGGCGCCCAAGGCAAGACGUUUUCCAACUGGUUCGUCCAGACUCCAGUGUGCUGCUGUUCGCGAGCCGAACUAUUGACGGGGAAGUUCUUGCACAACCUUCGCUUGCCCAGUACAACGGCCAAAGGGGGUUGCAUGCACGUGAGCGUUCUGCCAAAGAAAACACAUCCCUUUUAUCAACGAGACUACUUUGCGCAGUUCUUUCAUCAAUUGAAUUAUACAGUGGGGAUCUUUGGCAAACACCUCAAUACUCAAAAUCCAACCGACUUUAUCCCCAAUGGUGUCGACGAAAUGCUGCUCAAUGGAGGCGGCGCCUAUUUGGAUCCAACCUUUACAGUGGGGACCCGAGGAAAAGGGGCACCCAAGGCGGUCCACUACAACAACUGCACGGAAUCCACUGGCAUGCCCUGUUACUCGACUGCCAUUAUUGGAAAUGCCAGUCUGGCUUGGAUGACCCGACACGUUCAAUCCAACGACGACAAGCCAUUUCUAUCGCUGAUAUCGGUCAAGGCACCCCACAUCCAGGAUAGUCCCGGUUACCCACUCUCCAUUCCAGCUCCAUGGUACGCCAACACCACCAUACCCGAACAAAUGGCGCCGCGAACUCCCAACUACAAUCUGUCCGCACAGGAUCAUCAUUGGCUGGUCCGAAGCCAGCGGCCACUCACCAAGGUGGAAGCCCAAAAGGUGGACGAUCUGUACGUGUCACGGCUCAAGACAAUGAUUUCGGUCGAUGAUCUAGUGCAAGAUUUGUUUCAAAGACUGGAACAGCUGCAAGUCCUCGACAAUACAUACAUUCUCUUCACCAGUGACAAUGGCUUCCGACUGGGACAGUUUCAAAUGCCGCAGUGCAAACUCCAUCCGUACGAAAACGAUAUUCGUGUCCCCAUGAUGAUUCGAGGUCCGGGCGUUCCAAUUGGUACCCAAUCGUCUCUUCUUUCGACGCAUGUCAACAUUAUGCCGACAUUGUUAGGGCUGGCAACAAGCAAGUUCGAUAGUCAAUCCAUAGUCCCGCCCACCAUGGAUGGAACCAAUUUGGCAUAUCAAAUUCUCCACGAUACUACUGAUAAUGAUGAAGCAGAAGAAACUUCAUCUACAACAGCCAACAACAACCCAUCAUCCUUGUUGAUUGAGUACAACAGCUUGGGACCCGUGGUACGGUACAAUCACUUGAUCGACACGUACAACCACUCCUUUUUGGCACUGCGGAUUUUGCAACCGGAAAACACUCACAAUAAUAAUCAGCAGCUCCACAACUACAAGUACGUCGAGUUUCGGGACUCUCGCAAGGAUUGGAAUUGCACACAACCUCCACUCGAGCGAGAGUUUUAUGAUUUGGAUCGAGAUCCCUUUGAAAUACACAACCUGGUGGAUGAGAUAUCACCCCCCUUCCUGCAGGCACUCCAAGACAAAAUGAAACGGCUGUUUCAUUGUAAGGGAGGUAGUUGCCGAGCGGAGCAAAUGACAGCGUUGCCACCGUCAGUCCUCCUUCGGUGGGAUUAGUGAAUAUACAGCAAUCUUCUGAUGUAUGGGCACGACUUUCAGAGAUUUGAAAAACUCCAGUGAUUUUUUGGGUCUCCGUCUUGAACUCUGGCGCAGCAUUGUCUGCUAGCAGUUACAUAUCACUGUUGCGUUGUGCGAGGACGCGACAGCUACGGCGCAUGGUUCUCUGCAGCAGCAAAAGUGCUUCUGUAGAAGAUGAUACAAUGCUACUGGAAUGGGCAGAUCCUGUGUGGAAGCUGCAGGAGUAAGGAGACCAAGAUUUGCCCUCCAUGCUGACUCGCUCGUACGACAAUGGAAGGAUAGCAUCAUACAAGAGCACCAUCGAAUUAAAAUCCUUUCUUAUUAACACACAAUAUCAAUGUCGCUGUGUCU